AACUCUGAAUUUCUUCGAUGCUAAAUUUACUCACAACCUUUUGUUAGACACAUGGGACUUGAGAAGAUGUGGCAAAAGAUGGGAAAGGUAAGCAAAUGGAUCAGAAACUUUUUGGUAGGGAAAAGGGAGAAGAAAUACAAGAAAAUUGAUGCAACUUUUCCGGCUGAGCAUGUACAUAACAAAACAGAUUGCCAGCCGGGGACUCCUAGAACAAGGCGAAGAUGGAGUUUUGGAACAGCAUCUGGCAAAAAGACAUCUCAUAAAUAUUCUAAAUCAUUUUAUUCAUUUGACACUACCAAGCUUCCAGUGCAGGCCAGUGCAGAAAAUGAAGUUCUGCAGAAUCAUGCUGUGUUAAUUGCAGAUGUUGAAUAUGCAGCUGCCACAAAGAUUCAAGCUGUCUUCCGUUCUUAUUUGGCAAGGAAAGCGUUGUCUGCUUUAAGAGGACUGGUCAAGUUACAAGCACUUGUAAGGGGUCAUCAGGUAAGGAAACAAACAAAUGCUACUCUGCAGCGCAUGCAUGCGUUGAUAUCUAUUCAAGUUAGAGCAAGGGUUCAGAGAAUCCAGAUGGCCGAGGAAGCACAUCUUCAUGUCAAAAAGCAACCAUCAAUUCAUAGGAAUUUUACUCUGGACAAUGAGCUCAGAAGAAUACGCAGAGAGAAAAUGGAUAUGAAUCUCCAACAUUCCCAGGGAGUCUCAAAGUGCAAAAGUAACUAUCUGAAUCAUUCACAAAUCGAAAAGAUAGAGGAUGAUUUUCCAACAUAUUAUUCGGAAGAUCUUUCGAGCAGAAGGCGAGAAAAUCCAUAUGAGGAAUACUCAUUUACUGCAAAUAACAGCCCCCAACAUUAUAUACCCACAUAUCUCAUGGCCAUGACCCAUUCACACCAAAUUACAUGGCCAAGACAGAAUCCUCUAGUGCUAAAGUCAGGUCACAGAGUGAACCAAAGCAACGUCCGAAGAGUAGCAUUAGGCAGAAAAAUAGGCAAAGGGAAUCAACAGACGAAACAUGUGUCCCACUGGAUAAUCAAAUGUGAGGACGUUCAUCUUCACGCUCCAAACGCGUUGGCCAUGCAAACCAUGAUCCCUGGUUUGUCAAGCUGUAUCGAUCAACAAGAUCCUCCUACAAGUUUGAUUCAGUUACACCAACAAGUAGUCAUUCCAACCACCACACAUCUCUUGAUGCAUAUGAGCCCCAUUUGACAAUGUACUAGAAAGUCAUCAUCACCAUCACCAAUUGAGGAACUUAGAAGAGAAGGUACAAAAUACUUUAAGCUUCAACCAGAAAAGAUUAAUAAAUGAACUGUAACUACAAGGGAGGAUG